AUUGGCUUCCACGAGCGAUCUUGUAGGGAUCCGUGCAUGUGAGUUUAGUUCUGGGAGGAAGCUUUUCUCGGUAUCUACUCUAAUCAGAAAAAGAGGCACUCAAUGGCUUCUUGACUACCCAGAAAACUUUAAAGAGUGAUGAUUUUAAAGAAACACGCAUUCAAGAAUAAGAGUUUCAGAUUUAUGCCAUCAAAUGAAACAUUUGUUUGUGAACUUCAAACAACUGCUAGAAUGGAGAACAAGGAGAAUGGUUCAGUGGACACAAAAAACUUGGUAGAGAAUGGACAGCUACCUGAUCCAGCAGAAUGGGCUGUUUUAGAUGUUGUUAAUUAUUUUAAAGCAGUUGGAUUUGAGGAGCAAGCAAAUGCAUUUCAAGACCAGGAAAUUGAUGGAAAGUCUUUGCUGCUAAUGACAAGAAACGAUGUCUUGACUGGACUUUCACUAAAGCUUGGCCCAGCCCUAAAAAUAUAUGAGUAUCAUGUAAAGCCUCUUCAAACACAGCAUUUGAAAAACAAUACUUCAUAGCAGUGCAACAGUGAAGCAGUGAAUGCAUAAAGUGUUUAGUCUGCAUCUCUUGUGAAGUAAUACAAGCAAAUGCCAAUAAGGAAAAGACAAUCAGAGAAGGUGGAAAUAGCAACCCAUUGACUCCUCAUCUGCAGAGAAGCCAUUCUGUUUACUGGACUGUUUUACACAUUCUUUUUAACUUGAAGUAGUGGAGUGUUUGUCUUUCUUUACUUUUACCAAACAUUGAAGGCACUAUUAAUUGCUGAAUAUUAUGCCUACAUUCAAGUAAUACAAAGUAUGUGUAAAAAUUGUACAUAGGCAAUCCUUCUUUUGUCUAAAGAUGAAAAAAUAUGAAUGUGAAGUGUAAGAGAAAUUAUUUCUGUUUACCUUUUACGUUUUUUAGAGUAAAGUGGGAAACAGGAAUGUAUUUUUUUGUCCAAAAUGCUGUAAGAUUUGCUUAAUAUCUGAAAACCCAAUGUACAUUUAACUCUGUUGCUUUUAAAAAUAGUGAUCCUAUUUUUGUGAAUGGCAAGAAGUAAUUAUGCAGCAGAUAGCGUAGCAAGUCUUUGAAAGAUGAUGUUCUGUAAUGAUUUUAAUGUUCAUACUAGAACAGAUCAGUCUUGCUGUGUAUUUAGGGUAUUUUUCCAGUGAUUUGUUAUAAAAAUACAGUUUAUAUAAAAAACUUAAGUUUUUCAAAAUGUAAAAAUCUAUAUUAAUCAUGGAGGUUUAGAACAAGAACAAAGAAAAACUGUUUUAUACAAUGAUUUUCCAAAAUAGUAGUUAUUAGAUAGGCUAUUUAAAUUUAAAACUGAACGUUUUUGACUAGCAUAUUUAUUUUCUGCUUUAAAGCCUGCAAUCUUGUGUCCCUUAUGCAGUAUUUGUGUUAUCUUUUGUAUAUAGGGUUUCGAUUCUAAUUUAAAAGCGGUGUCAGUGCAUUGUGAUAUUGAUCAACAAUCAUAAGUAUUUAUUUUUCUUUCACAUUUUAUUAACCAUGGUGCUUUUGCUCUUUAACAAAAGGAUUAUUGUGAUUCUGAAUGAUUAUGUUUAGUUUACAUUUUAUUUUAUUUACUGUAGACCUGGAUUCUACUGAAAAGCCCAGGAAUUAGGAACAGAAAGGAGAUAAAUAUGCAGGUAAUUAAUUACAUGGUGCUUUUUCUGACACAGUUCAGGCAUCUGUCAACAACUCCCUUCCAAGGGCUUUAAAUGUUAACAUUACUUAGUUUCUGCUUUAGUUAUCAAAGAUUCAUUACUGUAAAGUUUUUUUCCUCAAUUUGCACUAAUAUAGGUGACUUGUACAUAACCAUUGUCUUUCAUUUCUUUUAGAAACUGUUGUAACAAUUCAUUUUGGUAAGAUUUGAUACAAAGGGAGGCUAAGACAUUAACUGUCACAAUGAAAGACUUUCAAACUAUUGUGCACUGCAUAUUGAAAAUAUGAAAAACCACAGGAGAAUUUCAUCUUUUGAUAUGUUAAUGGCAUACAGCUGACAGGGUCAAGAACGCAGGACAUUUUUGUGGUUGUAGACAGGAAUAUCAGACUUAAGCUUUAAGGUUUUAGUUAUUUUACAUUUUAUUUCACUCAAGUGUAUUGAUAACCAACAAUAGAUCAUGAGAUAAAGACAACAUGAAGCACACAGAAUGGCAGACUUCAUACAGAUCUGGUUCACCAGUCUGUCAAUUUAUUAGGAUGUGUGUGUGUGUGUGUAUGUUGGUAUGUUGGUACAGCUAAAUAUUUCUAAUUCUAAAUACUGUUUUGUUUGCCAAAUUUGUAUUUUGUGCUGAUGGAGUUUUGUUCCAAUGCAAAUUGUGAAUAUCAUUUCCAUAUGACUUAUACUGCAGAAUUUUUUUUUGUUUUUGUUUUGUCUGUCAGUUACAGUAUUUAUCACACAGGUAGCUGUGGAUAGUUCCAUUUUGCUAGAGAACUAAUCAACAGCACUGCUGCACAGAACACUCCACCUAUGUUUUUAACACAUUUAGGAACCAAAGACAAGCAUUUUUAGACAAUUAAACCUAAUUGGUUUUAAUAUAAGUUUGAAAUGCCAUGUAGCUGCUGCUCUGAGCUUUGAAAUAAAGUAGUACAGUGACUAUCAGAAUUUGGAUUUGUUGAUUAUUUAUUUGUAAUUACAAGGAAAAUAAUGAGUUGAGAAUUCUGGUAGGUUUUAAUUAAGCUUUUUAUUUUAGUUUAAAGUAGUACAGUAUAAGACAAUCACCUAAGCAGAAUAAAAGAAAAAGAUACUUCCAGCCUCAGGAAAGUAUCUUUAUGAAAUGGAUGAAGUUGCAGCUUUCAUUGUCUAGGAAUCCAGAUGGCUUCAAAGCUUGGAGAAAGGCUUUCUUCUCACUGUACCAGUUAUGUUACCAGAAGGAUUGUCUAAAGGUAAAAGCACCUAAAAUAAAAAAAUAACACAGCUGGUUAAAGUGUAUUUUGCCAGUAAUCCCAGCAAAAAUUAAUGCAGUUUUCAUGCUAGAGUACCCUUCAUUUAUUUUUUCUUUUGCAAAAGUAACAUGAAAACAUAUUCCUUUCUCCCAGUGUUUAAAACAUGUAUUUGUAAACAUAUAAUUGUGGGGAAUAAGAUGGGACUUGUUAUGACUAAUAUGAGACUGUUCAUACCUUAUGCAAUUUUUAUUUGUUUUUUUAACUUGAAUUAUAUAAAUAGAAUAUUGCCUACUGUGAUGCACAUAUGCUUCGACUACAGAUGCCUAAUUGGUAAAAUACAUUGUAGGCUGCUGCAAGUGGUUGUUAAUUUUUGUUGGGUAUGACUGUUACUGAAAGGUGAUGGGUAUGUAAAAUGAUCAAGCUGUGUAUAUCAGUAUCUUUGUGGGAUGCCAAAAGUCAAGAUUACUCUGUCAUGUAAUAGCUAGUUUGCAUUAACAUUCAGCUUCCUAUACCUUUUCAGUAAAUAACAUGUCCUUUCUGGUCAUCUAUGGUAUCAGGGCAGGAACCAGCCAAUCACUAUGUCUAAUUAAUUUACACACACAGCGGCGCAUCUACGGCACUCCUUCUAAUGUAUUAAGGCUUAAUAAUAAACUCUCCAUUUGAAAUAAUUAUUUCAAAUAAUGGCAAAUAAAAACUUAAUUGACCCGUACACUACUGCUGUUCAGCCUUCUGCUAUAGGACAUUCAAAUUGUGAGAAACGUUUCUGCCAGCUUUUAGUUACCAAACCCUUUUAUCAGAAGACAAUGUUCUACAUGAAACAGUUGCUCAGUAGUAAAUGUAUUUUUUGUAACAGCCUUUAAUAAAUUUGAAGUAUGAAAAU